CUGACUUUCCGUCCUGCUCCUGCGCAGCUCCCGGUUUUUUGCUCCCUCCCCCCCUCUCCCUCGCCUGUCUUCUGGUCACCAUGUCGGAGUACAACGCGGUGCCGCCGCCCGGAGCAGGGGCCCCUCUCGGCGGACAGGCGGCUCUCGGAAACGGAGCGGGAGGCAUCAAGAAAGAUGCGUUUGCGGACGCGGUGCAGCGGGCCCGGCAGAUUGCAGCUAAAAUUGGAGGUGACGCUGGACCUCCCAUGAACAACAACACUGCAUCGGAUAGCUUUCCAUUCACGGCACAGAAACGACAGCUGGAGGAUGCAGAUGAACCAGAGAGCAAGAAGCUGGCUGCACAGAGCGACUUGGAUUCAGCCAAUGCAUUGUCUAUUGGUGCACAGCUCGCCGCUCUUGCACAACAAAGGCCCACCUCCAGCACAGAGGAGUACAGUGUACCAGACAGCAUGGUUGGACUCAUUAUUGGCCGUGGAGGUGAACAAAUCAAUAAAAUUCAACAGGAGUCAGGCUGCAAGGUUCAGAUAGCUCCAGACAGCGGAGGACUUCCAAACAGGAGCGUCUCUCUCACAGGUUCCCAGGACUCCAUACAGAAUGCCAAAAGGCUGUUGGAUGAGAUAGUAUCCCGAGGGAGGGGUACACCCCCUUCUUCUUAUCACGAGUCCACAAACGGGCAGAAUGGCACGGUGCAUGAGAUGAUGAUACCAGCUGGCAAGGCUGGCCUCGUCAUUGGCAAGGGAGGAGAGACUAUCAAGCAGCUACAGGAGCGUGCAGGUGUGAAGAUGAUCCUGAUUCAGGAUGCCUCUCAGGGACCCAACGUUGACAAGCCUCUGCGAAUUAUCGGAGAUCCCUACAAAGUCCAGCAAGCACAGGAGAUGGUAGAGGAGAUUCUGAGGGAGAGAGACCACGGCGGCUUCAGUGAAAGAAAUGACUUCGGCUCCCGAAUGGGAGGAGGCUUGGAUAUUCCUGUACAAAGACACUCAGUCGGCGUCGUCAUCGGGCGCAAUGGAGAAAUGAUCAAGAAAAUCCAGAAUGACGCUGGAGUUAGGAUACAGUUCAAACAAGAUGACGGGACAGGUCCAGAUAAGAUCGCCCACAUCAGUGGUCCUCCUGAACGCUGUGAGCACGCUGCCCAGAUCAUCAACGACCUGCUGCAGAGCAUCAGGGUCAGGGAGGAGGGACAGGGGGGUCCCCCAGGUCCUCCAGGCAUGCCUGCAGGCAACAGGGGCCGAGGUGGGGGACAAGGCAGUUGGGGGCCCCCUGGAGGUGAAAUGACCUUCUCUAUUCCUGCCCACAAGUGUGGACUCGUGAUUGGCCGGGGAGGAGAGAACGUCAAGUCCAUCAACCAGCAGACGGGGGCCUUUGUGGAAAUCUCUCGACAGCCGCCCCCCAAUGGAGACCCCAACUUCAAGCUGUUUAUCAUUCGGGGCUCACCGCAGCAGAUCGAUCACGCCAAGCAGCUCAUUGAGGAGAAGAUUGAGGGUCCUCUGUGUCCUGUGGGCCCGGGGCCGGGUGGACCAGGUCCUGCUGGACCAAUGGGUCCCUACAACCCCAACCCAUACAACCCCGGACCGCCUGGAGCACCUGGACCUCCACAUGGUGGUCCUCCAGGUCCUCACCAGUACACCCCUCAGGGCUGGAGCAACACCUACCAACAGUGGCAGCCGCAGGCGCCCCAUGACCCCAGCAAGGCAGCAGCCAAUGACCCCAACGCAGCCUGGGCAGCCUACUACGCUCAAUACUACCAGCAGCCGUCGGGGGCUGUGCCAGCCCAGUACCCCGCUAACCCAGCUGGAGGGGCCCAAGCGUCAGGGGACCAGACUCAGCCCGCACAGACACCAGGGGGCCAGCCAGACUACACCAAGGCCUGGGAGGAGUACUACAAGAAGAUGGCCCAGGCAGGCGGCUCUGUUCCCGGGGCAGCAGCUGCGGCUCCAGGAGCCGCUGGGGGAGCAGCAUCCGCGACAGGGGGCCAGCCGGACUACAGCGCAGCCUGGGCGGAGUACUACAGGCAGCAGGCUGCAUACUACGGACAGACAGGACAGGCCCCCGGACAGCCAGCCACUCCCCAGCAAGGACAGACGCAGUGAGAGUUCAUGUCAGAAGGUUUUGGGAGAGAAUCCAGGAUGAAGACGACUCUGAACUCAAGGCCAGGAUCUUGCCUCAUUCUUUUUUCUUUUUUUAAAAAAAAAUGAUUUCUUGUGAGGGGAAAUGAAACCCUUCCUCACCACCAAAACCACCUGGAUACUUUUUAAUAAAAAUGUGAACUGAACAAAUGUUCUAGUGCUUUGCUGCUGAGGGGAGGGAGAAGACUGAUGAUCCCGUCAUGACAGGUAAACGGCUUCUCAAAGCCUCUACAUACAUUUAUAUAUGCCAUUGUAAACAUGGAAGCCUUGACACGCUUGGCGGAGGAGUUGCCAAUAAAACAAUCUCAUUGUUGUUUUAUCAACUUGUUAAGACUUCUAAGUCCUAUUUUCAAAGCACUUCAUACCCCUGUGUUAUAUAUAUAUAUAUAUUACUGGACUGCACAUAGCUGUUAGGACUAUAAUCAUAUUGUGAAUCUGGUACAGGUAAUAAUUCAUCAGAGAAAUCCUUUUUAAACUCAUUCGAUUUGCUCAGUGUUUUUCUUUUUUUUAAUUAAAUUGUCACAUUUCCA